UGUUGCAGGUCAGUGAAUGGACCUUCACUAACACAGGAUAUUUAUUUCUCAAAGAAUUCACAUUUUGAGACUGUUGGACAAAUCAAGACAUUCACUACCCUGUAAAAGCGAGAGCUCCUGCUGGUUCUCCAGAAUGUUCUCUUUGAGGAAAGUAUCUUAUAGGUGAUACUCAACCACGGUGGGCUGUGACGUGGAGAUGGUCACUUGGGUUGCCUUGCUGACAGUAUGCAUAUGGAUACAAACGGCCUCAGGGCAGCACACAUGUGCUUCUACUACACCCAAGAUGGUGGAUUUCACUGUAAAAUACUCCCUCCCCCACUUCCAGACAGACAAACCUAUACAGAACAUAGCUUUGAACAGGGAGGAGAGUCGGUCAAAUGUGUAUGUUGCAUCUCAGAAUGCAAUAGAGGCAAUCAACUAUGAUAUGGAAAAAAUCUGGCAGGUGAAAACUGGACCUGUUGGCAGUCCUGCCUGUGAAACAUGUUUGGUGUGUGACAUAGAAAUAGAUCCUGAGGAUGCCGUGGAUACAGACAAUGAGGUUAUGCUUUUGGAUCUCUCUGUAAUUCCCACUCCCUACUUGUACAUUUGUGGGAGUACACAACAUGGGAUCUGUCACUUCAUUGACACUGGCUCUCAAAAGCCUAACCCGAUGUGUUUAUACAAAAAGGAGAGAAACUCUCCAACCAGCUGUCCAGACUGUCUGGCCAGCCCCCUCGGCACCAAAGUCACCCUCGUUGAACAGGCAGCCACAACGUUAUUCUUUGUCACCGCCUCUGUCAAUGGCGAAGUGGCACAGAGGUAUCCAAGGAAGUCAAUAUCAGUGGUGAGGCCACUUUCAACUGAAGAUGGCUUUCAUAUGAUCACGAAUGGCCUGACAGUGCUCCCCAGUCUACGGGACUCUUACAGCAUCGAUUACAUCUACAGCUUCUCCACCAAGGACUAUGUUUACUUCCUGUCCCUGCAGAGAGAAGACCCAUCCAAGAGCAACUCAGCUUUUCAGACUCGUCUGGGACGACUGCCGAUACUAAUUCCAGAGGUGUGGAUGUACAGAGAGGUGGUCCUGGAGUGCCACUUCAACCCAAAGCGCAGGAGGAGACGGAUAGAGGAUAACAAUUACAUUGUGUAUAACGGGCUACAGGCGGCCCACUUUGGGCGAGCGGGGAAGGACUUAGCAGGACAGCUGAGUGUGAAUGAGGCAGAAGACAUUCUGUAUGGGGUGUUUGCAGAGGUGAAUGCGCAAGGUGAACCUCAAAGAAACUCAGCCCUGUGUGCCUUCCCUUUGACUAAAGUAAACAAUGCGAUAGAUGAAGGUGUGGAGGUCUGCUGCAAGUCAGGUACAGAGCAGCUGUCCAGAGGUCUCUGUCACUUCCAGCCGUGCGAGAGCUGCCCACAUGAAAGCUCUGAAGGUAACGACCAAUGCAGUGCCAAAGCCACUCUGGUGUCAAAGCCGUACCACAGACUAGACCUUUUCAACAGGAAGAUGGAAAACGUCCUUUUCACUGCUGUGUUGGUCACCACUAUUGGGAAUCACACGCUGGGCCACUUUGGUACCUCAGAUGGUCGAAUACUGCAGGUGAUUCUUUCUGUGUACAGCCGUAUUGUUUUUGCCAACUAUUCUCUUGGAGAAAGCCAAGUGUCCAGGACAGCAGAUGUGUACUCAGACGAUUCACUUCUCUUCGUAGUGGGAAAUAAGAUGUUCAGGGUGCCCUCUGCAGGACCGGGGUGUGCACAUUUUAUGACGUGCUCCAUGUGUUUGACGGCUCCAAGUUUCAUGAACUGUGGCUGGUGUUCAGGAAUCUGCUUGAGGCAGCAUGAGUGUGCCUCUCAUUGGAACAAAAACUCAUGUGCACCUGUCAUAACAGAGUUUUUCCCUAAAAUGGCCCCUGCUGGUGCUGAGGCAGAAGUGACACUGUGUGGCUGGGCGUUUCAGUCUCCUCGGGGUCCCACCAUCAGCAGCAAAACCCACAUCAUCACAGUGGGCUCUGGGACCUUGUGUAGCGUGCUGCCUGAAAACAGCAGUAGUGACCGUCUAGUAUGCAAGAUUCAGGAAAACACACCAAACCAGGACCUCAACAUCACUCUGGAAGUAAAGGAGGGGGUAGUGGCGAGCCGCUACUCCAUUGAAGGCACAGCACAGAUAACUGGCUUUUCUUUUGUGGAGCCUAGCAUAACAGAAAUCAGGCCUGACUAUGGACCCGUGUUUGGAGGAACGACGGUAACACUGACAGGCAGGUAUCUCAAUUCUGGGACACAGAGAGCUGUCUACAUUGGUGACAAACAGUGCGUCAUCACAAGUGUUGAUGAAGGAAGUGGGAAUUCUUCCAUUGUUUGCCUCACAGCAGCUGCAGCAGGUGUUGGCGAGGUUACUGUGAAAAUCGUCAUUGACAACUUUCACGUGACGACCAUCAAGAUAUUCUCCUACAAGAAAAAUCCAGCUAUAACCGCUGUACAUCCUUAUUGCAGUUUCCAAAGCGGCUCCAAGCUGGUGAUAGAAGGUCAGAAUCUUGACUCUGCCCACAGAACUGUUGUUAAGUACAAGUCUAAAAAAUCAAAUCCCAGCGUGCAAUCUCUUGAACGAGUCUGCAACGGCACAAGUAAUUCCACAUAUUUGGAAUGCUGGGCCCCUGCUUUUCCAGAGGAAAUGCCAGAAGAAAAGACGGAUACGGGAAAUAUUUCGAUUGACAUGGAUGGGAUAAGUGACCUCUGGACGAGACGUUUUGACUACCACCCUGAUGCCAAAAUCAUUCCAUUUGAAAAUGAUGACAAUGAAUUACCUCUAAAACCAGGGGAAACAGAAGUUUCACUGCAUCAUAGCAAACUGAAUACAGUGAGUUCAUGUAUGAAGAUCACAAUGACCAUUGGGGGUGCAAACUGCAAAGCCAAGGUUCUGUUAAAUGAGCUGACCUGCAGGAUACCUAAAGGCCUGGUUAUUCCUAGUGAGGGAUUGCCUGUCGAGGUGUCUGUGAAUGGGGACGUUCACGGUGUGGGUAGAGUAGUCAACGAUGACAGGAACAACAGCACUGUGAUUGCGGGCAUUGUGCUGGGCAUUAUUGCUGCAUUGGUAGUAGGUGCUGGCCUUGCAUUACUUGUGAUGAUCCAUUUGAGGAAGAAAAAGAGAGCCAACAUAGAGAAUCGUUUGUCAACAAUGCUUUCAAGGAACCGGAUGGGCGGUGGUGAUAUCUCCCCAACAGGUGACUACAGACGAGUGGAUCUGUCCAGUCAAACAUCAGGUUCAGGAGGAAUGGCCUUCCAAGGUAUGUUGUAUGCUGCCAGCCAUGAUCAUCUGGCCAUUCCUUUAAUAGCCCGGGACAAUAUCUCAAUGGUCAGUCUGAGCUCUGAACUUCUUGAAGAGGUCAAAGAUGUCCUGAUCCCGGCUGAGAUGCUCCGAAUUGAGGACAGCCAGAUUAUUGGCAAAGGCCACUUUGGUACAGUUUAUCAUGGUUACCUGAUAGACAGCAAUAAGCAAGAGACCCACUGUGCCGUCAAAUCACUGAACAGGAUCACAGAUUUGGGGGAGGUGGACCAGUUCCUCAGAGAGGGCAUCAUCAUGAAAGGUUUCCACCACCCCAACAUACUGUCUCUGCUGGGCAUCAUGCUGCCUAAAGAAGGGCUCCCUCUGGUGGUUCUACCGUUUAUGAAGCAUGGAGAUGUGCGUCAUUUCAUCCGCUCUGAGAAAAGGAACCCAACAGUGAAAGACCUGAUAGGUUUUGGGCUUCAGGUUGCCAAGGGGAUGGAGUAUUUAGCCCAGAAAAAAUUUGUCCACAGAGACCUGGCUGCACGUAACUGCAUGCUCGAUGAAACCUUCACAGUAAAGGUGGCUGACUUCGGCAUGGCUAGGGACAUCUAUGACAAGGAGUACUACAGCAUUCAAGAUCACAAACGGGUAAAGCUGCCAGUGAAGUGGAUGGCCAUCGAAAGCUUGCAAACACAAAAGUUCACCACCAAGUCUGAUGUGUGGUCAUAUGGCAUCUUAUUGUGGGAGCUGUUGACCAGAGGUGCCAGCCCAUACCCAAAUGUGGACCCCUAUGACAUCACACACUACUUGCUGAAGGGACGUCGGCUUCCUCAGCCACAGUUUUGCCCUGAUACUCUCUUCUCUAUCAUGCUGACAUGUUGGGCCCCGGAGCCUGAGUGCAGACCUACUUUCAACAGCGUGGUUACUGAAGUGCAACACAUCCUGUCCUGUCUGGAAGGAGAGCACUACAUAAAUCUGAAGGUUAACUAUGUCAACUUAGACCAGCCACGGCCCUACCCCUCCAUGACUGGAUCUGCAGAUGAGGCUGAGGCCUCAGACUUUGACACAGACAGUCCUGCUGGCAGCUGAGGGUGCAAAGUCCUAAGACUCUGAUAGGAACGCAUCCGUAAUAAAGUUGGACAGCAUACAAGAAAAGUGUCAAGGUAACCUGGAUCCAAUCAUGCGUCACAUAAAUUGUUUAUCUUUUCUACAAACCUGAGCACGUGGAAGGUUUGGCUACUGAUUUAAAAGACACUGUAGGUACUAUAAACUCUUACUGGAGCUGAGACAAAACCGAGUUGGAAGUUUCCCAUCCUUGUUACCACGUUUUAUUUAUAGCAAAAUGGAGACAGCAUAAAGAUGGAACUAAAUGCUUUUGUUUUAAACAUCUGAAGUACAAGUGUGACAAAAUGAAUGUAAAAUGUGCAUUUGUUCUCAGACUUGUAGAAUAGGAUGUGAGAAUAUGUGCUGUUAUGGAAAUAUAUGUCUCAUUGCAUUAGACUGUUUAACACAGGGUCUAUAAAUGCUGACAUGCGCUCAACGGUCAACAUUUAUUUAUUUUUUACACAAUUUUCCAGCUAUAUGGGGAUAUGAUAUAGAUUAUAUCUCUUCAUAUAGGCUAUAUAAUGUAGAUUUAAUACAAAAAGACGUGUCCAUGUGAAAUCAUUGUACGGGAUGCACAAUAACUCAAUGUUCUCAGAUUUAGAGCCAUCCAUUCUCUGACAAGCAAGCUGUCCGUGCUGUUCGGAUAUCAAUGAGGAGAAACACAUCCAGUACCUGUCAUUAUCACUAGAGGGCAACCAAUGCCUCCUUUUUAUGCCUGCUUCCAAGGCUGCUGCAGUGAUGUCUGCUGCACUAUGGCAGACAGCCCAACACAAAUAUGUUACAACAACAGUACAUCUACAAUAUAUUAACAUGAACAAACUCAUUCAUUCAUUUCAACUCAAUCAACUUAACAUGCUGUCCACACUGUGCGUGUUCUCUUGUUUUCUUGCAUGUAAUUACAAUAAUCUUCACAGCAAAUUAAAUAAUCCAUGGAAUUUUAGAAUGUAUGCACUGAUUUUGAGCUUUCAGACUGACAAUGCAUUGCUUUUUAACAAAAAAUAAUUUAUGUUGACCAAUAAGCUUUCCACCAGGGGGGAUUAACUUUGGUUCUGGUUUACUUGAUUUUUGUCAUUGCUGCAUUUUCUCUCCUUCCUGCCAAGCUUGAACUGAUGUUUCUUUGCUCCAGGUUUCACUGUAAAUAGUGUUUUUGCGCAGACAAAUGGUCGAUUAUUCAUGCAGUACUUGUCAAGUAAAGGUGUCAAAAAAAUGAAAGUCUCCCUAGACUUGUUUUUCCAAGCCUUGUCCUGAAAGUAUAAAACCAAACAAGACAGUUCGACCUAAAAGAAAGUCACCUAAAAUAUAUUCGUAACUGAUUUUAUUUCCUGAAAAAGAAAGUGCAGAUCACUUCAGCAAGAGAAGUCCUUUAUGAAAGCGUAUAAUCAAAGCAAAUGACGCAGGCAGUAAAGCCCCUGUUUUCAGUCAGGUGGAUGAGAGGAAAAACACACUGUUAAUGGUCUAAAUUAUGUCAGCUCAACCGGAGUGAAAACUACAUGCUUCUGUUUAAUCUGUGUAUCUAGCAUUUGUUAUACUCUCUAUGAAUAAUUUACGGAUCUAAAAAAUAAAAUAAAAAAGAUCCCUUGCCUUCAGGAACUAAAAAGGUGGCAGUUAUGAUGACAAGCUCUAGUUUUAUUCAGGUUGAGGUUGUGGAUUUGAAAAUGAGGUGAUAUCUGUAGCUAGAUACCGAACAGAAAGCCCAAAACUAUGGAUAUGUUUUGCUUUAACCACCAUUGCAUUUGAGAUUUGCUUUUUUUUAAGUAAUGCAAAAGCAAACACAGGAUGUUAUGUGUUUAAAUUUAAACUACCUGCUCUUUCAAUACCAUCAGGACUUCAAAGAAAUAAAAUAAAUCCCUUAUUUCAGAUCAUUUAGUAUUGUAGUAUUUGUAGAGAGGCGAGCAGUGGAAAAGAAAAGGUUAGUCAAUACAUAGAAAUUAUGAGCUGCACAUGAACCCACAAAUGUUAAAGACACAUUUUAUACCUCAGCCUAAAGGCAACCGAAACAGUUGAGGCUUCUGCAAUGAAAUAAAGUCUUUAAAGUAAGUCUUUU